AUGGAAGCUGCGCGAGCUAAACCCUUCCUGCUUCUGCUCGUCAUUCUUUAUCAACUGCAACAUAUAAGUGGUUCGUGGAAGCGUUCGAAGCUCACGCAAUGUGAGCUUCACCCGGACCUGGAGCUAAGAAUCCAGCGGGACGUCGGUUUUUGGGGCGAUAAGGGCAUCUCUGAAGACGCGACGCUGUCGGUUUGCAAGUUCUGCGACCCAGAUCAUCUGGGGCCAUAUUUUGAGUUUAUUGGAUUCCUGGUGGAGUUGUACGAGGCUAGUCAGACAGUUCCCGUUUCCCGGGGAAAGGUUUGGGCGCUAAUCAUCUCUGCCUCUGCGUCUCUUUUCGCUCCGCGCUACCUGUCUGCCCGUCUGUCGGUCUGCAUGCCUGUCUGUCACGAUAAAUGUCUGGCUUCACUCUUGGCUGAGUGGCUGUACUGCUUCCCUUGGUGGUUGGCGGUUGACGGUUUGGACAGGCUCCCGGAUGUGGAGUUCACGUACUGGUUUGGUGACAACGCCCCAGCCUAUACGCAAAUCAACCCAGAUGGUACGACGAAGUGGUCGUACUCCUCGACCGGUGAAACGCCACCGAUUUUUGCAUGGAGCAAGUGGAAUGAAAAUGCGGCGCUGGUGGUGCCGUACUCUGGGGCAUACAGGUGUCCAUCUGAUAGUUGGGAUGCGAUCGAGUCCCAGUUGGAACCGCUGGCAUCUGUUUCCUGGAGUGCCAGGAACGAGGUGGCAUUUGGUCGGUGGAACACGUUCUGUACCCACUACAUUCCCUGGAUGAAAACAGCCGAUGGAGAGGUGAUGAAGUGUCCCCGGUCGCACCUGGUGUCGUUGGCGGAGGCGCAUCCGGACCUGCUGGAUACGUACGACCUUGGACGAGCAAGACCCGUACCGCUGGCGCACCAAAACGUGUAUAAAUACAUUGUUUCAACCGACGGCUGGUCGAUAAGUUCUAAGUUUGAUAAGUACCUGCUGCUCGGAUCUGCCGUAUUCAAGGUGGCUGCAGAUUUCCAAGUGGUUCGUCUUAACCUCCUCUGCGCCAUGAUAUCUUUUGUGCGGCAGGCAGCUUCUACACGGUUCGGGUUUUAUUACGAUGCCAUCAAGCCGUACGAACACUACCUGCCGUACAUGGUCAACUCGAGCAACGACAUUCUUGAUGUGAUAUCCUGGGCCAAGUCCAACGACGAACAGGUACGCCGGAUAGCUGAGGCGGGUCGGCGGUUCGCGCUCCAAAACCUCAACCGCGCGGCGCGCCUGUGUUACUUGUUUAGGCUGCUUACCGAGCUCAGUAAAAAGAUGAGGUAUACGCCAAGCUGUGAGCGCCGACAACUGUGCGUGCCGCUUGUACGGGAGAUUCGCUUCUUUCAGUCGUACCGUCGUACGGCACAAUCGUGCAAGUAUACGGAAGUCCUAUUACGUUACGGUGAUGAAGAUCCUGCCGAUUUGGAUCCGGAAUCCAAUACGGAUGCCCGGGCUGCCGGUGUCCGUUCGUAUUACGGCCUUGAGGAGUUGCAGCGCCUCCACGAGAACGGAAACGCCUGGCCGCGAGAUGAUUUGCUGCUGCAAGUACGACAGCAGUACAGCAGUACAUGA